UGACUUGUCUAUGACAAGGAAAACUAUUUUAGGCAGUGAUGUUUGGUUAAAUAAUAAUAGUCUGUGUUAACAUUUACUUUACAAGAGCAUGGCGAAUAAGGACGUUUUUGGACGGUGUUGUCUCAUUAACUGUAACAGAGACCCGAUUCUGAUCACGGACGGGCGUACUGAUGUGAGAGCAUACUGCGUCGAUAAGAAUGAACAAAAAGAGUUCAAAGUUAACUGGGGUGAGGGUGGAAUGGCUAUGUUCCAUAUCGACUGUUGGAAUACAUUGUGGAGAUCGGCCUGUGCCAAAAACCCAGCCAGCACUGUCCUGGUCCUAUCGGAAAUGGAAAAGGACAUGAUAAGAGAAGCCGCGAAAACAGCAGAAACUCACCAUUCUCUUACAAAAAUCAAGGAGGAGGCUGAAAGAAUCGCCCACCUCAUGAACAAGUCUAACUACUGCAUUGCCUUCACCGGUGCUGGUAUUUCGACAGCAGCCGGGAUCGGUGAUUUUCGAGGAAUUCAUGGCAAGUGGACCACGCAAGAGAAAGUCAAACAAUACGGUCAGAGGGGUUUAUCUAAACAAAGAGGUUUUAGUCUCGUAGACCUACGCCCUACCUACACACAUGAAGCCUUACUAAAACUGUUGGAGAUGGGAUAUAUAAAAUAUGUAAUCAGUCAAAAUACAGACGGCUUGCACAGACUAUCUGGAAUACCAGAAUCGCAGAUAUCCGAACUACACGGUAAUGCGUUCCUGGAAAAAUGUGAAAAAUGUGGGAAACGGUAUGAAAAAGGUGCUCGCUGUAGGGGACAAUCCACUGCUGUACCGCCUAAAAAGUGUGAGCGAUGUGGCAUUAAUCAUCGUACAGGAGGCGUGUGUUCAGAUGAGAAUUGUGGCGGUUAUCUGAUGAAUACUAUAAUCAAUUUUGGGGAUUACCUGGAGGAAGAUGUCUUGGGAAACGCAAUGCUAAAUGCUAAACGGGCAGAUCUUGUCAUAGCUCUUGGAUCCACACUUCAAGUUUCCCCAGCAAACUCCCUGGUGGAAAUGGGACAAAAACCAACCCGACUUGUUAUCUGUAAUAGACAAAAAACUCCAUAUGAUUCAGUUUGCUGUGAGAUGGACGAGGACGGACAUUCAACAUUAGGGUCACGUGUUUUUGGAGAUUGUGAUAAGCUGAUGUCAGAGGUCAUGAGACACGUGCUCCCAAAGGAAGAACUGCAAGACUGGGAAGCAAAGCGCGAAGAAAGACUUGUCACUUACGACUUGAAACGCAAACUGUAGACUUUUGUUUUGACUUUGACCAUGAAAAUUUAAACCUAAGAAUGAAAGUUCCAAUGAAAUGAAUUUGUAGGAUUUUUUUUUUUUGUGUUGUUUUUUGUUUGUUUUUUUUUUCAAAUCGUAAUAAAUGAUCACAUGUUGCAAGAGUCAGGGUGCAUGUCAGAUUUUACAUUUAGAAACGUGUGCAUUGUCAGUGUCUUGUUUUAGUUUAAAUGUUAAAGUUCAGGAAUUAUAUAUAACAUGUAAAGAAAACAAAAAGUAUUUUACUAACAAUUAUUAACAAACAAGAUAAGUAUAUAAAUGGCUGACAAAAACGAACAAUUAUAAUUAAAA